AUGUCCCCGAAAUUCCUGCCGUCUCAGAAGACCAUCCCCGAUGACCGCCCCUACCGUAACAGCAAAAAGGGCAAUCUCAUAAUCCGCUCAGCGGAUGGUGUCGAGUUCUACGUCGAGAGGGCCGUCAUCGCUCAUCUCUCCCCGAUAUUUCAAGACAUGUUCUCCAUCCCUUCCCCUUCGGAUGCCGAGGCAAAGCCGGUCGUAGACGUGACGGAGCCGGGCGUCGUAUGGGAUGCCUUGCUGGGGUUCUGCCACUUCCUCCCAAGCGAUCCCUUCCCUUCCCUCAGUACCAUCCGUGCGCUCUUGGAGGCAGCCAGGAAGUACCGGAUGUCCGCAGUCGAGGAGUGGAUGCGCAAUACGCUCCUGCAGUCUGGGUACGCCGAAACGCAGGCCCUGAGGACGUACGCGAUCGCGUGCGCAUACGGCCUCUCGGACGUGGCGCUGGUCGCCGCGCGAGGCUGCAUCGGACUCAGUGACGACCAUGGCGGCACCAAGGAGCUCGAACUCAUCACGGCGCUUCAGUACACACGCCUCGGCGACUUCCAUAAGCGGUGCGGGAGUGCGGCCGCGCUGGCGGUGUCGGUCAAGAUUAACAGCUUGCCCGGGUGGUUGACGGUACACGGCGCCUGGUUGGGUCCCGAGUGCGCUGCGGUUGCCUCGCGCCACAACUUGGUGUGGCACAAGGUGCUGCGCGGGUGUGUGGACGUGCCCCGGUACUGGGUGGAGUAUAUGCAGGGCGUGAGCGCGGCGCUGCAGAAGAGGCUCGAUCCGAGCGUUGCGCGGGACCCUGCGCUCGUCCGGCCGGCGGUGGAAGCGGGGUUGAAAUGCGCCCGGUGCGCGCCGAAGAUCUAUUGGGAUAUGGAGGAGUUCGCGAAGCUCUUGGAGGAAGCGAUCGAGGAGGCAAUUUCCUUGGUGAGCAUUGAUUCCCCGAACUUCUUGUGGAUCUGUCCUGACUGA